AUGAAAAUAUUCCAUGUUCUUGUAAUACCUUAUCCGGCACAAGGUCAUGUGAUUCCUCUCAUGGAGUUGGCACGGCGCUUAACCAGUAAUGGUAUCAAAGUCACAUUUAUCAAUACAGAAUAUCGGGUUGUGAGUACGUCUGAAAAUGAUCCAAGUGAUUUGCUGCAAAUGGUUUCAGUCCCAGAUGGGAUGGAACCGUGGGAGGACAGGAAUGACUUCAUAAGGUUGAUAGAAUCACUGUACCAGGUCAUGCCCACCAAACUAGAAGAGCUGAUUAAAAGUAUUAACAAAAAUGAAGAUGAAAAUAUUACCUGGAUUAUCACCGAUUAUGCCAUGGGAAUGGUUGCAAGAGUAGCACAGAAGAUGGGUAUUCGACUGGCAACCUUUUGCUCCGGAUCAGCUGCAUUUAUGACCUUGAUCAUGAGCGUUCAGAAGCUGUUGGAUAAUGAGGUUAUCGACAGUAAUGGUGUACCAUUGAAGGAUGAAAUGGUUCAGCUGUCAACAACCAUGCCGCCUAUGGACCCUGCAAAAUUUACAUGGGUAUGUAUUGGUGACACAGCCACUAACGAAGUUGUCUUUCGUAAAAUAAUUCUUGAUGGCAAAGAAGCGGGAGAAGUAGCAGACCACAUACUUUGCAACUCAACCAUGGAAUUGGAGCCUGGGGCAUUCACCCUGUUUCCAAAAAUGUUGCCAGUAGGGCCCCUUUUAGCGACAAACAGAUUGAAAAAGCAAGCAGGUCAGUUCUGGAAAGAAGAUUCAACUUGCGUAACAUGGCUAGAUCAACAACCAGUCUGCUCGGUUAUCUAUGUGGCAUUUGGAAGUUUCACAGUUUUCACCCAAUCCCAAUUUGACGAGCUGGCGUUUGGGUUAGAACUCACUAACAAGCCCUUCUUGUGGGUCAUACGACCUGGUGUAAAUGGCAGUACCGACUAUGUCUUUCCAACUGGAUACAUGAAUAAAGUAGGCAAUCGUGGAAAAAUAGUAAGCUGGGCACCUCAACAGGAGGUCCUAACCCAUCCCUCAGUGGCUUGUUUCAUAAGUCAUUGUGGUUGGAACUCUACCAUGGAAGGCGUUAGCAAUGGCGUUCCUUUCUUGUGCUGGCCAUACUUUGCUGAUCAGUUUCUUAACACAACUUACGUAUGUGAUAUCUGGAAAACCGGUCUGCCUUUGAUCAAAGAUGAUCUUGGCAUUGUCACACGAGAAGAAAUAAAGAGUAAAGUGGAGAAGUUGCUUAGCGACAACAUAGCCAAACAAAGCGCCUCAAAUUUGCAAGAAAAAGCAAUGGAAAGUCUGCAAGCUGGAAACCCCUCUAACAAAAACCUCAGCAAUUUCAUUGAUUGGGUGAAGCAAGGGAAUGAUAAUGCACCUGCAAAAAACGCUUUCUAA